AUGAUCGGAAUCGCACUUGUGGCAGCUGCGCUGAGUACGGUCGUCAAUGCCUGGGGUGACCAGACGAUCAACUGGAAAAACACCACGGGCACGUCCAGUGAGACCUUUCCUACAGAUGUGGGUGUGCUGGGUGACACGGCUACCGGCCAAUCGCCCUUCAAUGCUCAGUACGACCGCUUCUCCUCGGAUAAGGUUGAGUUUGUAUACGCCAUCGAUAUGCGCCACAAGCCGAAGAAUGCUAACCAGGAUCAAGCUUCAACGGACGACAUAUACAAGAACUUGGGCACGUACACGCCAUGGCGACCUGCCGACGGCCUGUUCCCCGAAACGGAGGCGCACCGCAUGGUGCCUGAGCACUGUGAGGUGAAGCAAGUGCACAUUCUGCAUCGCAACGGCGCAACCUACCCCGAAGAUGCCCCGAAUGAGGGACUGCCGAAGCUCAUGAAGAAGCUUGUCAAGGGCAUUCAUGACAACAAGAUCCAUCCCAAGAACGAGCUCUCGUUCUUGUACAACUGGGACUACAAGCUGGGUCAGGCUCUCCUCGUGCACCAAGGUGCUCAGGAGUUGUUUGACUCGGGAGUGAAGCACUAUUAUGACUAUGCCAAGCUGCUGACAGACCACAAGAAGCCUGUCGUCCGCACUACGAGCCAUAGCUCCAUGCUUGACUCGGCGCGCUAUUGGACGCUGGGAUUCUUUGGCUGGGACGCGCCCGAUAAGGUAAACUUGGAAGUGCUUCUUGAUGCCGACCACCAGAACAACACGCUUGAGCCUUCUAAGGCCUGCCAGAAUGCCUACAAGCUUACCAAGGGCGACGAUCUCGUGAAUGAGUGGCAGAACAUAUACCUACAGGAUGCUCGCAAUCGUCUGCAGAGCAGUCUCGAUGGCUACAGCCUGUCUGUAAGUGACGUCAGUCAGUUCAUGUCGCUUUGCGCCUAUGAGACAGUCGGCUUUGGCUUCUCAAACUUUUGUCAUCUGUUCACCAAGGAAGAAUGGGAAGGCUUCCAAUACCAGAGCGACCUCCAGCAGCAGGGCAAUGAAGGCUUCAUGAGCCCAACGGCCAAGGCCAGGGGUCUUGGUUGGGUGCAAGAAUUCCUCCGCCGCGUCACGAAGAAGCCCUUCAAGGGCCCUGUCGCCUCCAAGAACAUGACGAUUGACAACAAUGAGACAUACUUCCCUCUCAACCAACCGGUCUACGCUGACUUUACGCGCGACUCGGUCAUUACCAACAUUUUGACGGCCUUUGGAUUCACUCAAUUUGCUAAGCCACUCAAAGGCAACAAGCUCGACUCAUCACGCACGUUCCGCUCUAGCAAGGUGGUGCCAUUUGCUUCGCGCAUUGUGUUCGAAAUACUCGACUGUCAUAAGGGUGAGGGCAAAGGCGAAUACGUGCGUGUCAAGGUGAACGAUGCUGUUCUCCCAUUGGGCCAUGACCAGGGCUGCAAGGAAAGCAAGGAUGGUCUUUGCCAGCUCCACGACUUUGUCCAGCACGUCGAGUCGUGCGUCGAUACGUAUGACUUUGAUGGCGCAUGCUGCAACAACUAG